GACCGACUGUCAAAUUGAUUUUGUGUUUGCUUUGCAUUUUUGCAUUGCAAAAUUCUAAGUAUUAAUUUCGUGAAGUGAAAAUUAGAUUUGUAUAUAUGAUUAGCAAAAUAUUUAUCAUUAUUAAUGAAAUUUACUUACUAAUGUAAAUAAGACAAAUACUAUUUGUAUAGAAGACGCAUAAUAUAUUUUUCAAAAUGAGUAGUGCAAGUGGGUCCUCGCAAUCACCUAUCGUCCAAGAGUUCAAAAUACGCGUGCCAAAGAAUGUGAAAAAGAAGUAUCAUGUGAUGAGGUUCAAUGCAACACUUAACGUAGACUUUGCAAAAUGGACACACGUCAAGAUGGAGAGAGAAAACAAUAUCCGAGAAUUCAAAGGAAUAGAGGAGGAGAUGCCCAAAUACGGAGCUGGUUCAGAAUAUGGCCGAGAUGUCAGAGAGGAAGCGAGACGCAAGAGAUUUGGGAUACAGUCCCGCAAAUACAAGGUUGAGGACCAGCCAUGGAUUCUGAAAGUGGGAGGCAAAACCGGAAAAAAGUUCAAGGGUAUCCGCGAGGGCGGUGUGUCAGAGAACGCAGCCUAUUACGUGUUCACUCAUGCGGCUGACGGUGCCAUAGACGCUUACCCUUUACAGGAGUGGUAUAACUUCCAGCCUAUUCAGCGGUAUAAGGCUUUAUCUGCGGAAGAAGCCGAACAGGAAUUUGGAAGGCGUAACAAAGUGAUGAACUACUUCUCGCUGAUGUUCCGGAAGCGCAUGCGCGGCGACGAGGCCGCCGACGACGCCGACGAGGACAGCGACAAGAAGACGAAAGGGAAAGCGAAGAAAGACUUGAAGAUCUCGGACAUGGACGAGCUGAUGGAGUCGGGCGACGACUCAUCUGACUCGGAAGCUGUGGACAAGGAAGACUCUGACUCAGGCGCCAAGAAGGCCAAGGACAAGAAGAAAGUCCGCCCCCCAGUUGCGGCCACGAAGAAGAAAAAGAAGGUUGAAGACGAAGCAUUUGAGGAAAGUGACGACGGGGAUGAAGAAGGUCGAGAAAGGGAUUAUAUAUCGGACUCAUCGGAAAGUGAGUCCGACCAUGAGAUGAAGGCGAAUAAAGAGCUCAAAGGAGUCGCGGAAGAAGAUGCACUCCGGAAACUGCUGACCUCCGACGAAGACUCCGAAGAGGAACAGGAACAGAAACAAGAGUCGGAGCAAGAAGACGAGCCGACAAAAGAAGGAGAAGAAAGAGCUAGCAAGCUCACCAAGAAGAAAAAGACUGAAGUUAAGAAGGACAAAGAGUCGAGUACGGAGUUCAGUUCGGAUUCAGACACGGACCCGGAGAGCGGCGCCAACAAGAAGCCCAAGAAGAGCAAGGGCGCCGCGCAGGACAAGAACGCGGCCAAUACUUCCGCGACUGGCAGCGCGGGCGCGCUGGCGGCGCUCGCGGCCGCGCACGCCGCCGCGCAUCACGCGCCCGCCAAGCGCCCCAAGCUCGAUCCCAACUACGUCAACGAAUGCGGCGUAACCGAGGAAGCGGUACGCAGAUACCUGGCGCGCAAGCCCAUGACGACCACGGAACUCCUCACCAAGUUCAAGUCCAAGCGGUCGGGGGUCCGCAGCGAGCGACUGGUGGAGACCAUGACGCAAAUACUCAAAAGAAUCAACCCUGUCAAACAGAAUAUCAACGGGAAGAUGUAUUUGAGCAUAAAGUCGUGAAUAAAUUGAUUUUUAAUA